GGAGGUGGUGGCGGUUAUGGUUUCGGCAUGGGAGGGGGUGGUGGUGGCGGCAGUGGAGCCGACCUCCGUGUGUCGGCCAAGGAGAAGGCCACAAUGCAGAACCUGAGCGACCGCCUGUCCACCUACUUGGAGAAGGUGCCCUUGCUGGAGGUGGCCAACGGCGAGCUGGAGCUGAAGAUCAGUCAGUUCCUGGAGCGCAAGGCGUCCCCCAGCGCUCGUGACUACUCUGGCUUCUACGCCACCUUGCAGCACAAGAUCCAGGCUGCCACUCGUGUAAAUGGAGGUGUCUACAUGUAUCUCAGCAUUGACAAUGAAAAGCUCGCUGCAGAUGACUUCAGAACCAAGUAUGAGAACGAGCUGACCAUGCAUCAGUCCGUGGAGGCGGACAUCCCCGGGCUGAAGAGGAUGCUGGACGAGAUGACCAUGGCCAGAUCUGACCUGGAGAUGCAGAUUGAGGGGCUGAAGAAGGAGCUCAUCUAUCUCAAGAAGAACCAUAAGUGUUUUCUAUCCAAUGCUAUAAAUUAUAUGCAUAUCCUGGCUUCUGGGCCUGAGUAA